ACUCAUCCCACGCACAGAGAUGCACACUGUCAGCUUGCUCGUGGCUGUCCUGGCGGCGGCGAGGACCGACCCAUCUCUCGCCGUACCUUGCUCAUCGUCGGUGUAUCUGACCGACGUAAAUGCGCUCCUCAAGACUUGUGAAGCAGCCCUCCCAGCAGGGACAACACCCGCGACCUUCGUCAAGAGCAACACGUCGCAGUACUGCAGCAUCCCGUCGUGCAGGUCGUACGAGGACGCCGUGUCGGCGCUGCCAUGCGAGCCCAAAAACCGCACGUCGCCAUCGACCAAGUCGGUCUGCUCGACGACGUCCGCGGCGCCCCCCGUCGACGACAGCCGCCCCUGCUCGACCAGUGUGCUUCAAGCGCGAGCGCCACUCAAGGCCAAGUGCCGCCAAGUGUUUGGAAGUCGCAAUGUGACGACCCAAGAAGAUCUCGAACAGUAUUGCGCCGUCGAUGCGUGCGCAGCCAACGUCAAACAGUACGCCAACCUGACGUGCACGGUGGGCGACGUGCCGGCCAGCAUUUACGCCACCCUGUGCGACUCGACGCAUGCUCAACCGUACGUGCCGCCGGCCAUCCCAUGCGGCGACGACGUGCGGAAGGCUCGUGCCGCCCUCAAGUUGCGAUGCGAACAAGUCUCGGGGUUUCCGUCGCUCAUGAAUGCAACGUCGUUGGUCGACCUCGAAGCGUACUGCGCCUAUCCUGAAUGCAAAGCCAACGUUCGUCAGUACGUUAACUUGACGUGCGCCAUCGACGGGUAUGCUUCCUCCUUGUACGCUACCAUGUGCGACGAUUUGACCCGGCCCAACUCCGGGGGCGUUCCAGUGUGCUCUGCCGACGUCACCAACGCCCGCGCGGCGCUCCAGCUCACAUGCCAACAGGCAACGGGGGGCCUCACCCCCUUGAACCUUACCACCGUCGCCACGAGGUCCGUGUUCUGCGAGAACGCUGCGUGUGCCGGCUACCUCAAGCAAUUUACGGACGUGACCAACUGCUCGAUUUAUGGAGCCCCGGCCAGCGUCUGGUCGACCGUGUGCGAUCGUGUGGUAAAGCCUCCGUACUUGACGACCGGCGUGCCCACGACCGGGUCCCAAAGCGCUGCCGAGUGCACCCUCGGCGCGUUUCAGUAUGGGUUCGAAGCGGCAAGCAGUCGGUGCACGACGGCCGCCGGGAUCGCGACGCUCCUCCCGAAUUCCACCACUUCCGCCAUGUCGAUGGCGAGCUUGGCCAAGCUGUGCCCGAUCCCCGAAUGCGCGACAGCAUUCCUUCUCUUCACAGAUGCCAAGUGCACGAUUCAAGGCGUCCCGGCCUCGGUCAUUGCAAAGCUUUGCGCGCCAGCAUCCCGCCCCACCGCGACAUCGGCGCCGUCUGUGGCUGGGAGCGUGUCGGUGCUUUCCGUCGCCGUCGCAACAGUUGUAGUCGUAGUUUGGAACUUGUAGCUCGUGGAGGCAAUCGAUGGUUGCGACUGCGUA